ACAAGCACAUACCCUGUUUUUUAAUUCUCAUAAACAAAACAUAUUCGGCCUUAAUCACUUCCUCUGUUUCUCAGUGUUCUUAGUCUCUUACCUGCUCAAUUUCUUUCGCAAAUACAAGUGAAAUCAGUGAAACUACACACCCAAUAGGGAAAACUUUGAUGGGUUUGAAUCGAAUCUUGAAGUUAUUCUGUUUCCUACUCUGCUUUCUUUUCUUGCUGGUCAAGUCGUCCUCUGUUUUGAACCAUGAAUCAAUCCAACCCAAGAUUGAUGACCCCAAAGAGGCAUCGCAUUACCGAGUAUUGUACAUGAAGAAGACGAAACCGUUCUUCUUGGACAAGCAAGAAGUGAACAAGAGAAGGAAGAGGAGGUUGAAGAACAAGAAAAUGAUGAAGGAAUUCAAAACCAGUAGUGGUGUCUCUGCUAUGCUUCCGAAGGGUUUUGUCCCUCCUUCAGGUUCUGGUACUCCGUGUCACAAUCAGAAACACAACUCUGAUUUCACCUUCUGCGAUCUCUCGACCGCUAAUAACAAUAAACCCUAAACAGAAGAAGAAGAAGA